CAUUACUCUGCACCAAACAGUAACAAUAAUUCUUCCUUUUCAGUACCAACACAGAUAGUGCCUCAUGCCUAUGACUCAGCCUUUGCCUCUCUUCAAUUCCAAUAUCCAUGGCCUUUAGCCUUUGAAGGGUUUCCAGAAGAUAGAGCUGCAAGUAUUUCUAAGAGCCAUAGCCAAGCAGAGAAAAGAAGAAGGGACAGGAUCAAUGCACAGCUUGCAACUCUUAGAAAACUGAUUCCUAAGUCUGAUAAGAUGGUCAAGGCUGCAUUACUAGGGAGUGUAGUAGAUCAUGUAAAGGAUCUAAAGAGAAAAGCGAUGGAUGUGAGCAAAAGCAUCACAGUUCCAAGUGAAACUGAUGAAGUAACAAUAAUAGAGUGUGACCCUGAUCAAGAUGAAAGCUAUGCUAAAGUGAAGAUACUAAAGCACAAUAUUGUAAUUUCAGUUUGCUGUGAUGAUAGACCAAAACUUUUCAGUGAACUCAUUCAAGUCCUAAAAGGGUUGAGGCUCAUAAAUCAAGAUCAGAACAUAUUCAGAAGCAGCAAACAGCUAACAGAAGCAGUAAAACAGAAGCAGCAAAACAUACUCAAAAUAAAAAACAUCAGAAAAUCAGAAUUCAAAAUCAAGAAGGCAGCAUAG